CCUACGUCCCAUUUUAUUGAGAAGGCAUGCAUUCAAAUAUUUCACGUAAUUUCUAAAAAUUUGGAAAAUAACGGUUGGUAACUCUACAUCUUGGUUUGACGGCUAGUCAGUUAUGAAACACAGGUAUACAAAAUUGGAAGGUUUUUGUAAGUAAACCCUUUGUGAAAGAUAUAAACCUUUCUUAGUGUAAUAAGCGAGGUAUCUGAAAAAACGCAACUUUUGAAAAGGAAAUACUCCGAAUUAUCUGAUUCAGGAGUUUCCACUUUAAAUAAUGGGUUCUGCCUCCCUUGUUUCUAUUGGGUUAAACUGGUUUCAAAUAAAAUGGGAACGCUCCAUGCAAAUGAAGGAUGAUAGAUCUGCUUUCUAAAUGGCUGUUCAAGAAAAUAGCCUAAACCAAUCAAAAGAUAGAAUGUGGCCUGUCUCCUGUGAAUUUAAAAAGGUCACAAUCCACUUUUCAGUGUUUUGAGAUUUUAAAAAUGAUUGCAUUAGCUCUUGGCAAUGCUAAAUUAUGUUCCUUGCGAACCACUAUCCAGUUUCUCUUGGGCCAAGUCCACCUCCUGCUCCGCAAGAGGAACAACUCCCAGCUGGUGGUACCUUGCGGCAGUGCUGGAGAAACGCCAUUUUGUGACUGGCAGAGUACACCUAGGCUUUAGAAAACAAAAGCUGCAGAACGCUGCAAGUUUAGGAUUCAAAGAGCAUAAUCAAGAGAAAGACGUCUCAUAGAAAAUGUUUCUGAGUAAUAGUGUAAUCCUACUAUGUUUGAGAUGCUUUGUAGAUUGCAAUAACACUCCUAAGCCAAUUAAAGCAUUACAAAGGAAUCCAAUUCUUGUGAAAGGUUUCAGAAAUUCCCGUAAAGGGUACAUUUCCGGAGAGGAGGUGAGCAGUAUUCCCUCUUUUUUUUUUUUUUUUUUUUUUCCCUAAAGAGCUGAAGGUUAUACGGAAUUGGGGAAUUAUAAUACCUUUGGAAUCAAUGCCUUGUUUUAUGGAAAAUAAACACAGCCUUCAGGUUAUGAAAACCAGAUGUAGAAGAGAACAAGUUUAAAAAAUUAAAGUCCAAGCCGGCGCAGUGGGGCUCCCCUGUAAUCCCAGCUACUCUGGAUGCUGAGGCGGGAAGAUCCUUUGAGCCCAAGUUUAAGCCCAGCUUGGGGAACAAAGCAAAAGUGAAAUAAAAUAAUAAUAGUAAUAAAAUACCACUUAAAUAAUCAUCUGUAGAGUUGGAAUAGAAUAUAGUAGCCGGUGAAACUGCACGAUUGUUGCUGGUUUAAAGAUAGACCAAUCAGAGCGUGUAACGUCAUAUUUAGCGUCUUAUAUCAUCCAAUCACUGCACUUUACAUACUAUAAAUACAGCAGCUGAUGGGCGUAUUUGCGCUAGUGUUGGGUAUCCCGCUGUGCUGUUUUGCUGUCAUGGCUCGCACUAAGCAAACUGCUCGGAAGUCUACUGGUGGCAAGGCGCCACGCAAACAGUUGGCCACUAAGGCAGCCCGCAAAAGCGCUCCGGCCACCGGCGGCGUGAAAAAGCCCCACCGCUACCGGCCCGGCACCGUGGCUCUGCGCGAGAUCCGCCGUUAUCAGAAGUCCACUGAACUGCUCAUUCGUAAACUACCUUUCCAGCGCCUGGUGCGCGAGAUUGCGCAGGACUUUAAAACAGACCUGCGUUUCCAGAGCUCCGCUGUGAUGGCUCUGCAGGAAGCGUGCGAGGCCUACUUGGUAGGGCUAUUUGAGGACACUAACCUGUGCGCCAUCCACGCCAAGCGCGUCACUAUCAUGCCCAAGGACAUCCAGCUCGCCCGCCGCAUCCGCGGAGAGCGGGCGUGAUUACUCUCGUCUCUGACGGUCCAAGCAAAGGCUCUUUUCAGAGCCACCACCUUUUCAAGUAAAGUAGCUGUAAGAAACCAAUUUAAGACAAAGGGGAAUGCAUUGGGAGCACUUUUCGUUUUAACGCCACUGAAGGCUUCAAAACCAUUCGAUUUCGGCUGGUCGCGGUGACUCACGCCUGUUAUUCAAGCACUUUGAGAGGCUGAGGCGGGCGGAUCACCAGAAAUCAGGAGUUCGGGAUCAGCCUGGCCAAUAUGGCCGAACCCCGUCUCUACGAAAAAUACAAAAACACGCCGGGCGCGAUGGCGAGCGCUUGUAAUCCCAGCUACACUCUGGAGGCUGAGGCAGGAGAAACACUUGAACCUGAGAGGCAGAGGUUUCAGUGAAUCGAGAUGGCUCUAAUGUACUCCAGUCUGGGCGACAGAGACAUUUGGUUUAAAAAAAAAGUUCGACUUAAAAUAAAUCUGGAGUCAGAAUGGGUUUACAUCUGAUUCUUAACCCAGUUCCUCAAAGCCUGUAGCUCUGUUAAGAAAAUAAAGGCCAUUGGUCAAGCCUGCUUGGUCCCACCACCAUCUCCCCACCCUCCCCCAAUCGCUGCUCCCGCCAUUUCCUGGGGCUUGGAGGAGGGGUUAAGGGAGGGGACUGUAGGCGUCACAUUUCCCGCCUGCGCGCUUUUCAGUCUCCGUGUCAGCUGGAGGUGGGGGCAGGGGUAACGUAGAUAUAUAAAGAUCGGUUCCCCUAUUCUCUCACUUGCUCUCUUGGUUCACUUCUUGGGAAGUCAUGUCUGGACGUGGUAAGGGCGGGAAGGGUUUGGGUAAGGGGGGUGCCAAGCGCCACCGCAAGGUGUUGCGUGACAACAUCCAGGGCAUCACCAAGCCGGCCAUCCGGCGUCUGGCCCGGCGUGGCGGUGUGAAGCGGAUCUCUGGUCUGAUCUACGAGGAGACUCGCGGGGUGCUCAAGGUGUUUUUGGAGAACGUGAUCCGUGACGCUGUCACCUAUACGGAGCACGCCAAGCGCAAGACGGUCACUGCCAUGGACGUGGUCUACGCGCUCAAGCGCCAGGGACGCACCCUUUAUGGCUUUGGCGGUUAAGGUUGCUGAUUUCUCCACAGCUUGCAUUUCUGAACCAAAGGCCCUUUUCAGGGCCGCCCAACUAAACAAAAGAAGAGCUGUAUCCAUUAAGUCAAGAAGCUCAAUGUGUAAUUAACAUGAAUGAUACUGAGCUGACAUCCUAAAAAGGAAAGAUUAGGGGAACUCCAAGUUUGCCCUCCACUCACUACAUAUGGGUAGGGGAGCAACGAUAUUCCAACUCUGAAGAAAGAGUGGAAAAAAAGUAGUGUUUAAAAUUUGUAUUAGUUUCCAAGGGACAAAGAAGCGCUGCCCAAUCAAUGAGGGCCAUUCGUAGCUGUCAACCAAUCAGAACUGAUGAGCUAAUAUUUCCUGAGGCAAGCCAGGGAGCCUGAGGGGAAGCUAAGAAGCUUAUUGAGAAAAAACAAAAA